UGAUGAUGGGUUCUUUUACUCUCCAAUGCUGCCUCAUCUGCCGUUUUAAAUGUUAAUAAGUCAUUAAAAAAAGGGUUUGAAUUAAUCAAGUCUGUAGUUUUAAGUGUUCUGCCUUUAAGUUUUGUUAUCGCCGCCUUGUUUAGCUUUCACUUUCACUUUAGUUAUCACAGUGAAUUGUACAGUUUAUAAAACCUAGGCUAAUUAGGGCAUUUUUUACGCACCUAUCGUGUGGUCAAGAGCGGGGAUCCAUGGAUAUUUUUCAGUAACUCGGCGUGCACUAUUUAAGGAAUUUAUCUUUAGCCUACGUCUACAUUGUAGAGGGACUUUCCUAGAAGUUGUAUGAGUGCGUCAUAUUUCCUGUGUGUGUGUUUCCUGCAAUAUACGUUUCUCUUUAAUUUGAUUUUGUGUUGGAAUUCGACGCUGUGAGCUCUCACUCUUCUUCUACCAAAGAUCAUGGCUCUUUCGGACCAGAGACAGCUUCAGGCUAUUAAUCAAACAGUCGAGGCUCUUAGCAGCUGUGAACGCAGGAGGCUGUUUUACCUGUGUGAAAUACCUGUCACGGACAACAGUGCGACUUGUAUGAAGGAGAUGCUGAAAUCUAAAGUGAUGUGCCAUGAGAGGGGAUACCUGUUUCUGGCAGAGCUGAUGUUGCAACUGAGACGUUUUGACAUCCUGAGGAAGGUGUAUAACACCAGCAGGGAGGAGGUGGAGAUGACUCUGAAACACAGGCAGGUCCUGCCAAGAUUUAGAGUAUUGAUGGCUAAUAUAAAUGAGGAUAUGGCCAAUGAAGACCUGACCAGUGUGAAAUUCUUGUUAGACACCACAUUAUCCCGUGAGAACAUGGAACAAGCAAAGAGUUUCCUGGAUGUGAUCAUUGAACUUGAGAAGCUCGAUAAAGUUUCACCUGAAAGAGUCGACGUUGUAGAGGAACUAUUAAGAAACAUUGGCAGAGUCGACUUAGCCAAAAAAGUGUCUGCAUACAAGAUGUCAGUUCUAACACCUGAAAGACAUUCAUCUCAGCAGCAAAGUCACAGAGCUCCAUGUCCAUUCACCUCUCCAAAUGGUUCCCAUUCUCUGCAGCAAACAAGACAAGCAGAGUCCUUCCACAUUGCCACAGAAAACACACCAGUGCCCAUACACAGAGAGCAGCACUGUCAGAGUCAACUAGAUUUGUACAAAUUUAACACAAAUCCCAGAGGACUUUGUGUUAUCAUAGACUGCGUGGGUAAUGACGGAGAAAUGUUGGAACAGACAUUUAAGGCUCUUCACUUCAAAGUGGCCCUCUUCAAAUGGCUGAGUGUGGAUGACACUCUUAUGGCUCUCAGAGGGAUAUUCAGCCAGAGAGAGAACCUUGUACACGACUGCUUUGUGUGUUGCAUCAUUAGCCGGGGUACGGCAAACCAUCUCCUGGGUACAGACUCGUACGGCUCAGGUCUACUUCUGGACAAUGUCAGACGUCUUUUCACUGGUGAUGCAUGCCCCAUGCUGGCAGGCAAGCCCAAACUGUUCUUCUUCCAGAGGUACAGCGUCCCAGAGUUUCUGCCCCAUGCCAGGAUGGAGCACCGGGAUGAGGAUCUGGAGACAGAUGGGUUUCCCAGAUGUGAUAUCAUCCCUACAGAUGCAGAUGUGUUCUGGAGUCACUGCUGGACGGAUGAAUGUCAACUGGAGCAAGGACACCAUCGCUCCAUUUACCUGAAGGCUCUGACAGAUGCCUUACAGAAAGGUCAAAUAAGGAAAACACAUCUGGUUGAUGUUCACACAGAGGUGAAUAGGGCCAUCUUUGAACAUAACUCAAGGAAUCCUGGAGCAAGCUACCACAUCGAUCUGAAACAUACUUUAAGGAAAGAUCUUUACUUAAAAUAGAGGAUUACAAUACUGCCAGUCAUGUAUUAAUCUAGCAUAUUCCUUCUUUUUACUGUGUAUGCAGUGACAUCUACUGGUGGUAAGAACUGAUGAAGCAAAGUUUAUUUAACAGUUUGUUUUUAAUGUGUAUUUAUUUCAAAAUUCCUUUUCGAUAUAUAUAUUAUACUAGUUUAAUAACUGACAUACAAAUGUUGUUUGCACAAGACAUGCAACGUUUUAAUCAUACACAACUGUAUAUUUUUAUGUAUCUAUGUAAUCUUAUUUUAUUAUUUUCUUGAAGCAGCUAUAACCGAUAAGUAGUGUAUUCAUGUGUUCUUUGUUCUUAUUAUCCGUAUACUUAUUUUGUAACCUAUAAAAUAUGGUUAUUAGUUGAAUGAAGUAAACUAACUCUUUAAUUAAUUAAUUAAGUUUGUUGAAUUCAAUAGUGGCAUUACAUAUUAUUCUAAUAAUUGAUUUCAUGUCAAACAACUUUAAAAUAUACUUUAUGUAAAUCAUUUGAAAAUGUUCAUUUUAUAUCCCUUUUUAAAGGUCAAAUUAAAUCACUUUGAAACAA